GCGCUGCUCGUGUUGGAAUGAGAUGUGUGUCAGAAACAGCUACGAUCGUGCACAUGAGGUUGGAGAUCAGUGUCAGUUUCUCUAUAUUUAGCUGUUGAGGGGACUGGGUGACCCAGUGUGACUUCAACACACACAGACACACUCCUCUGGACCCGGCACUCUUUCACCUGCUGGCUCUCCCCUCAGCUCUGCUGUGUGUUUAUCUCUCUGAAGAGGACGUGAGUUGUAAAUACUUUAUUUCCUUAUCAAGCACGACUCUGCAGGAUGUGUCUUAAUGUCAUUUUUAAACAGUGUCCCUGCACCACCAUGACAGCCUGAUGGGACUCAGAGAAUGGCUGUGCUGCUUGGACACAGAGCUGUGAGCUGCCGUCUAAUGAGAAUACAGCUUAGUGAUUAGUGAAGUGGCAGUUGGAGGCGACCAUGUGUCAGUUGGAGGAGCCAGAGGCCAGACUGGGCCUGAACAGUCCUGACCCACUGGUGAGAGAGGCUUUUCUCAUGGCACAUGACUACAUAAACUAUGUAACCACAGGGGGGGUAGAUGGGACCAUGGGUCCUGCCCCUACAGCCUGCACCGCAGCCCUGCGCCACGCCGGAGAUGAGCUCCUCAACCGUUUCCCCAUCUUCUUCAGGCGCUGGCCUCGUGUCUUCCAGGAUGUGACGGAGAACACGGCCUGCCCCAUGCUCAUGAGCAUCCUGGACGAGCACUUCUUUCCUCCCGUCCCCGGGGGGCGCCGCAGGGACCUGGCCUGGAGCGCGGUGCUGUCGGUGUACGUGCUGGCUGGACAGAUGGCUCUGCAUUGCCACGAGAGGGGCAUGAUGGUGGUCCUGCCCCAGCUGAAGGAGUGUGUGGGUGCCUACGUGGAGAAGGUCAUCUGCCCUGAAAUACGGGACAAGGGAGGAUGGAAGCAGGACUUGGAAAGCCAGGUGAAGAAGGUGUGCUGCUGGACACUGCUGGCUCUGGCUGUCAGCAUCCUCACCUACUUGAUGUGGAAGAGAAUGGCCUAGCCUGCACUGCCACCUAGCAGCCACAGGCAGAAACUGUCCCACAAUCACACAUCAAAAUGUCUGCAGUAGCCUUUCAUAGACUUUCCAUUCUAUGAGAACGUCACAUCACAGUAAUUUUCAUUUACAUAUUUGAUGUCCAGGUCAAAACAGACGUACAAACUUGUUGGGGCCUGUUUAUGGAGGAUUUCAGCCAUUUGUCACAGUAUGGCAAAAACUGAACUAACAAUAUUUCUCUAACAGUAUGUGGACUUUAAUUUGGUUAUUAAUUUAUUUACAGUGUGACAAGGCUACAGAGAUUACAGCAACUAAAAUGACUGGAUUUAAUUAUGCUGUACAGAGCCUUGAAAUAUAAUACCUGCAUUUGUAUUAUCAUCUGGAAGUUUGUUAUAACUGCUGAGUUGAUAAACAUACAGCACCAACAGUUAGCUGCUGGGGUAAAUUCAAACUUCAUCUCAAUUACAAAUUAAUGUAGUGCAUCAUUCAGCUUUGACAUGUGAGCAGCAGUAAUUAUUCAAAGAGCAGUUAAACAAGUUUAUGUAGUUUAGUGCUUGUGCUCAAAUAAAAACCCUGAUCUAC